AUGACGGACAUCACCAACAUAACUCUCUACACCUACUUCCGCUCCUCCUGCUCAGCGCGCCUCCGCAUCGCCCUGCACCUAAAAGCCCUCCCUUAUACCUCCAUCCCAAUAAACCUCCUCAAAGACGAGCAGCGCGCCCCUACCUACGGCACCCUAAACCCCUCGCUCACCGUCCCGUCACUUAUCAUCGAACACGGCAAUCAAACCACAACAAUAACCCAAUCCCUCGCCGCCCUCGAAUACCUCGAUGAAAUCACACCUUCAACACCCUCUCUCCUCCCCCCGUCCUCCGACCCCGAGACCAGGGCUACUCUCCGCACCCUCGCAUCUAUCAUAGCCUGUGACGUGCAACCCGUUACGAACCUGCGAAUCCUAAAGCGUGUCGGACCACUUGGUAUGGACCGGGCGGCGUGGUCGAAGGAUUUGGUUGUCGAGGGGUUUAGGGCGUACGAGGCGAUUGUGAAAAAGACGGCUGGGAAAUUUAGUGUGGGGGAUAGUGUUACGCUGGCGGAUGUUUGUUUGGUGCCGGCUGUUUGGGGGGCGGAGAGGGUUGGGGUGGAUAUGGGGGAGUUUCCGACUAUAAAGCAGGUGGCGGAGAGGUUGGAGGGGGAGGAGUGUGUGAGGAGGGGGCAUUGGAUGACGCAGGAGGAUACGCCGGAGGAGUUUAGGGUGAAGGAAUAG